UGGAGGGUUUUACAUAUUUUCUGAGGUAUAGGUGACUUGUUUCUGUUUGCCUGGCAGUCGUUUUGAAAAAUGUCAGAUUGCAGCUAGACAUACACACAGUAUUGUAGUAGAGUUCAUUUACAUGACAGAGGUAAUUCAACGCCCAUCUCUGAUAUGUCCAACUGGCGGUGUCCAAUGAAAGAACGCAGCUACAGGAAGUGGCCAAUGAAAAUAAAGCAUUUUAGAGGUUUUCCGCUUUCCUGAAGUUCUUGACAGAUUCGACUUUAGAUUGCGAGAGUUCAAGAUGGCUGCCACAGGUUGCAAGUAAACCACCUAGUCUACUCUUUUGGAACCAACAGCCCAUGACUCUCUCCUGAGGCUUCGGUCAAGUAUAGCAUCCCCCUCCUGCUUCCUCUCAUCAUGUCCUCCACCUCCUCCUACUCCUCUUCUGGAGAAACUAGUCCAGAGGAUGUGCCCCGAGGUGGGGGCACCAUCCGAGUCUACCUCCCCAACAAGCAGAGGACUGUGGUGAAUGUUCGCCAAGGACAGACGGUGUAUGAGAGUCUAGAUAAAGCACUUAAAGUGAGAGGCUUAAGCCAAGACUGCUGUGCUGUAUUCCGCCUUCUAGAAGGUCGUAAGAGACUGACAGACUGGGACACGGACAUCACUCCUUUGGUCGGAGAGGAGUUAUUAGUUGAAGUCCUGGAUGAUAUUCCUCUGACCAUGCACAACUUUGUACGGAAAACCUUCUUUAAGCUGGCUUACUGUGAUUUUUGCCACAAGUUUUUAUUUAAUGGCUUCAGGUGUCAGACAUGUGGCUACAAAUUUCACCAGCACUGCAGUAGCAAGGUACCUACUGUUUGUGUGGACAUGGACACAGUAACCAAACAGCGUCCCUGCACAGAUGAGUAUCCUCAGAUACUACUGCCAGAAAAUUCCCCAUCACAGAGUAACAUAGCCUUAACCCCAGAGCCUGCUGGGCUGGACCUUCUGUCCCCACCACCAGCCUUUCGCUUCCCCAACCCCAGCGGAGAUGGCCAGUCUCUACAAAGACAUCGUUCCACCUCGACACCCAAUGUUCAUAUGGUCAGCACAGUGAGCCCUGCUGUUGCCAGCCUUAUAGAGGAAGCAGUGAAAUUUAACAACACCACAGGUCCUGAGCCGUCACCAAAGCCAUCCACCAGCCCACCUUCUUCUUUAGGUUCUCCAGGAAGAAGACCGCCCAAGUCCCCUUCAGAACAUAAGGAACGAAAGCCCUCCUCUUCAGAUGACAAAAAGAAAGUACAUCGAGGGGGCUACAGGGACUCUAGUUACUACUGGGAGGUCCACUCCCGGGAAGUCACAAUCCAGAAGAGAAUAGGAGCUGGCUCGUUUGGAACUGUAUUCAAGGGCAAGUGGCAUGGGGAUGUAGCGAUCAAGAUCCUUAAAGUUACAGAGCCGACACCGGAGCAGUUACAGGCCUUUAAAAAUGAAAUGCAGGUCUUACGGAAAACCCGCCAUGUCAACAUCCUGUUGUUCAUGGGCUACAUGACAAAGCCCAAUUUUGCCAUCAUCACACAGUGGUGUGAAGGCAGCAGCCUCUACCGCCAUCUGCAUGUCUCUGAAACCAAAUUUGACACGAUGAGGCGGAUUGACGUGGCCAGACAGACAGCACAGGGCAUGGAUUAUCUUCAUGCAAAGAACAUUAUUCAUCGUGACCUGAAAUCAAACAAUAUUUUCCUCCACGAAGGUUGGACUGUUAAGAUCGGGGACUUCGGCCUUGCAACAGUGAAGUCACGGUGGAGCGGCUCACAACAGGUUGAACAGCCCAGUGGAUCAAUUCUUUGGAUGGCUCCUGAGGUGAUCCGAAUGCAGGACAGCAACCCAUAUACAUUCCAGUCUGAUGUAUAUGGCUAUGGAGUAGUGCUGUUUGAGCUGAUGUCAGGGACCCUACCAUACUCCAAUAUCAACAACAGAGAUCAGAUAAUCUUCAUGGUGGGACGUGGUUACUUGUCACCAGACCUCAGUAAGCUCUACAGUACCUCACCAAAAUCUAUGAAAAGGCUCAUCAUUGACUGCCUGAAGUUCAAACGUGAUGAGAGGCUCCUGUUCCCACAGAUCCUGGUAGCCAUUGAGCAGGUGCAGGACCUGCUGCCAAAAAUUGAGCGGAGUCGCUCUGAGCCCUCUCUCCAUCGGGCCGUCCAUGCUGAGGACCUGAACCCUCUCCUGUUCCACACCACGAGACUGAUGCCCCUGUAAGAUUCAAGCAGCACUUGGUGGAAAGGAUGCAUCCCUUUUUAAGACCACAUAAUUCCAGUGCCUCUGAGAGGCUUCAGCUGCUUUUGUUUCAGAACUUCAUCACACCAACCUUUCAGAGCCUUGGAGCUCCAGCACUCAGAAACACUGCAGGAAUGUUUUGUUCUGUUUUCCAUUCUUCAAAUGACAGAGACCUGCUUGUUCAGGGAGGGGAUUCAUCAGCUUUUUCAUCAGCAGUUUGUAAUGUUUGUUUAAGAGUAUCUUUAAAAUGGGCAUUAGAUACUCUAACUUACUGGGUGUCCAUUGUUUUAUGGAAAACAAACACUGCAGCAUUGUCUCAUACAUGCUCAGAUCUUGUAAGGAUCACUGUGAUCAUAAUGAAGAAUUCACAUCACAUCAGAAUCGGUCAUUCUCAAAACAUGGCUCUUUUGACCACUGUGUAUAAAAGUUUUUACUUUACAGUGAAACUCUUAACUCCGUCUCUCCAAUUACUUUACAGCAAAAACAUUUAUAUUUAAAGCAGAGUACAUUUAUUCAUUUUAUAAACCCAAACCAAUACACAUGAACAGAUGAAGACAAGUCCUAAACUAGAAGCCAGAGAGAUUGAAUGUGAGCAUUUAGAUUUUUAUGCCUCCACACAUGGUUUAGCAGCCUGGAAAACAAUAGAGCAAUAAAUGUUGAAGUCAAAUUCUGUUAAGAGUUAACAAAGUAAUCACCGUUGCUCAAUUUCAGACUUAUUGUGUCAAAUAAACAAUACACUAAUUGAUGAAUGAUGCAGUAAUAUCUUAAAUGAUUGUGUAACACAGGAGUGACUUGUGACAGUGAAUCAAACAAACGGACAUUGACUUCAUUCUUAAGAAGUCACUGAGGAAGUUUCUUUUUUUCUUUUUUUUUGCGCUUAUUUCAACUGUUGGUGUUUUUUGAAACAGUGCUUGGAAAUUGGACAAACAGUAGUUGGAAGUAAUAACUGGAGAGGAAGUGAUUGUGUUGGGUACAGCUCGCCAGAACAUUCCUUAAAGAUUGUGCUUGCAUAAGUGAAGUGUUGAAAUUCACAGAAAGUACUUCUGAAACGCUUUUCCAUGUGACCGAUAUUCUACCCAGUUUGUCCAUCCGUGUGUUUCCCAAACAUCCCAGAAUGUCUGACCCAGUAUUUGUUAGGUGUGACGUUCAUGUCUGUUUGUAGAAUCUCAUAAAUCGGUCUUAUGCUCCCUUAUGGCGUGAAGUGCACAGGGCAGACAAAUAAUGAUUUUGAGUCCUUUUGUCUCUUGAACCAUGCCAAGAGAUGCUUCUCGGUGUAAUCUAAUAUAUGACAGCAGUGGAAAUUACUAGAUUUACUUUUUUUUUUUUUGUUUGUUUUUUUUGUUGUUUUUUUUUGUUAUUGGCACUUCAAGGGCUUCCUUAAUGUUUAGCCCAAUUAUCUUUUUUUAAACUGUCAUUGGUUGCUCAUACAGAUGAGAGUUCAGCUGUGGUUAAUUGGGCGUAAGCAACAUAGUUAAGCAUAUAUUUGUAAUUUACUUGAAUCGAUGACAUUUUUUUUUUUUUUUUUAACAUUCCAAAGUCUGUUUUGGUUUCAAUGUUACAGAGAGUGACAACAACUAGAUUUUGUAAAUACAAGGUCAAGCUAUUCAUUAAUUUCAAUGUUCUUGCACAUUCUUCCAUUUUCUAUACCACUAAUGCUGUGCAGUCACAGGGAAGCUGGGGCCUAUCUCAGCUGACCUGUGGUGAGGGGUGGAGUGCAGGCACUCUUGGAGAAUAAAAAAAAGUGUCAAAUGCAGCAAUCCCAGUGAUACAAUGGAAAUAGAAAAAAUACGUCAUAUUUUAGAUCACUUAAUUACAGUAUGGUUGCCCUGUUAAAUUGUGUACUCUGGCAUGCACACAUUGCUCUGGAUUCUGCUUUUUAAUUUUGGUUUAUCCUUCUCAGUGUGAGUGGCGCUAACUAGAAAGCCUGUAAGUAGCAGCCAUACUAAUAACAUUACAGACUGGGCAUAUCUAUAACUAAAGCAGAGGUGUCUCACUGAAUUUUUCAAAAACUAAAUUGUAGUUAUGGAUUCUCUCAGAGGGCUGUUAUGACUGUGAAACCAUAUAAAUGUAUAAUCCGCUCAUCCUAUUACAUAUACACAACAAGCUGGAUAAAAGUGAAAAGUGAAGACAAUUUGCCAUUUUGGUACAGAUUUUACCAAGUUACAUGAAGUAGAUGCACAUAAUUUUCUUAAGCGAGCCGCAUUAAAUGAUGUGGUGGGCCGGAUCAGGCCCCAAGGCCUAGAGUUUGACACCAGUGAACUAACGCAUGGUGGUAUUUGAGUGUAGUCAUGGAGCCUGCACUUUAUUUCCCCCCUUUCCUCUUGUUGUGACAGUAUCUACAAACUCGUCAUCUUCUUGCAGGACAAUGUGAAAAUCGGAAGAACAGAGCAGUGUUUUGAUGGUGAUUGGUUUGUUGAUGGCUAUAGGCUUGAAUUCUGCCAUUUUAAUGUACUUUCAUAGCGAGAGAUACAGCACCAAUACACAAUUGUUUUAUGACUAAUUGAACCAUAAACUUUGCGACCUGGGAUUGACGAUUCUGUAAACUCACUCUGCUUUGUUAUACUGUGAGAGAGCAGAUCUUGAUAGCAUUGGGUGUUUCCAACACAAUAAGAUUACUUGCGAGCAGUCAUUUGGAUUUUCAUAAACAUUGCAGUUAGGGGCUGGGUACCCUAUGUGCUUACCCAUUCCACGUAUAAAUGGGGAUUCGUGGUUGGGAAAUAACCUUUGAUGUGGUGUUAAGUUGGGUAUUUGUGAACCAGGGUUGGAGAGACUUGGUCUUUCUUUUAUUUAUUAACGUCUUUGCAGUUGCUGUGUUGUGCUUGCAGCUUUUUAGGUGAACUAAAUACACAGGCUAAAUUGUCGGUAUGCUUGCAUUAAAAGGAAGGGGGGGGGGGGGGGAACUAAAUUACUCAACUGACAAAGUCAAGUCAAAAUAAUGUACUGAAAAUUAACUUCUUAAAGUCUGGCAUUGUUUUUAAUCGCCCAAAAGAUUUGUUUCUAAGAACAUGAUUUAAAAAAAUACUUUACGUUUCAUUAUGUAUUCUUUAAGACAUUUUGAAUCAAACAAUUUUAUUUAUUUAUUUUUUUAAACAUACUGAUGGGGAAAAAAACUGUACUUUCAAUUAGUAUUUAUAAAAAUAAAAAAAAAACAGAAACAACUGAACCACAAAAACAAUGCCUGGUUUUAAUUUAAUUUCAGUAACUAAGGUAUUUCAUUGACUAUUGUGGCUCUUUAAAGGAAGGGUACCAAUAAUUUAGCCUGUUUUAGCCUAUACAGAGGUGUGAAAAAGUGUUUGCCUUUCGUUUUUUUUUUUUUUUUUUUUUUUGCAGGUCUGUCACACUUUAAUGUUUCCCAUGAUCAAACAAUUUUAAAUAUAAGUCAAAUACCACACAAGUAAACACAAUAUGCAGUUUUCAAAUUUUUUUAUUUUUUAUUUUUUUUCCCACUUUUCACUGCCAGCCUUCCCAGUUAACAUGGCUAUUUGACUUCUAAAGCCGUUAAUGGUAGUGAAUGUGUUAAGGGAGGGAAAAAAAUAAAAACCUCCAUGACCCUUUUUGAAAAAGUGAUUGUCCCCUGUUAAAACAUAACUGCGGUUUAUCAUACCAGAGUUCAAUUUCUCUAGCCACACCCAGGCCUAAUACUGCCACACCUUUUCUCAAUCAAUAAAUCACUCAAAUAGGACUGCCUGACAACGUGAAGUAGACAAAAAGAUCCUCAAAAGCUAGACACCAUGCCGAGAUAUAAAGAAAUUCAGGGACAAAUGAGAACGUAAUUGAGAUCUAUUAGUGUGGAAAAGGCUAUAAAGCCAUUUCUAAAGGUUUGACUCCCAACAGACCACAGUGAGAGCCAUUAUCCACAAAUGGCAGAAAUAUAGAAGUGGCGAACCUUCCCGGGAGUAGCCGGCCGACCAAAAUUACCCCAAGAGCGCAGCGACGACUCAUCCAAGAGGUCACUAAAUACCUCACAUUAUCAUCCGAAGAACUGCACGCCUCACAUGAUAAAUGGAACCAAGAAUUCUGCUGUCUACCAAAAAAUCCUGAAGUAGAAUGUCCAGCCCUCUGUUUGUGACCUCAAGAUGAAACGAACUUGAGUUCUGCAACAGGACAAUGAUUCAAAACACACCAGCAAGUCCACCUCUGAAUGGGUGGGGAAAAAAACAACUAGUCAAAGUCCUGCCCAACCUAAAUCCUAUUGAGAUGCUGUGCCAUGACCUUUAAAAAGGUGGUUCAUGCUUGAGUCAGUUUUUCACACGGCCAUGUAGGUUUGGAUUUUUUCCUCCCUCAAUAAUAAAAAAACUUCAUUUUGUGUUUAUUUGUGUUAUCUGACUAAUUUAAAUGUGUUUGAUGGGAAACAUUUAAGUGUGACAAAUAUGCAAAAAAAUAAAUCAGGGCGGGGGCAAACACUUUUUCUCGCCACUGUAUGUGUACGUGUGAUGUUGAUCACUCUUUACAACCUAAACAAACGAAUGCUCUUGAACGCUAUUGGUACUGUCUGCUCGUACUCUUAAUUUGAAAUAUGUCUUUUGCCAGGGCAUUUGCUCUCAACAUCUUGAGCACUAAGUAAACCUGAAAUGUUUAUCUGUGACUUUACACUUGAUUUUGUAAAUGACAUCACAUUAAAAUACUGUAAUAGUGUUUAGUUUGUCUUUCAGAAAUGGCAAGAAUACAAAUGGCUGCUUUUAAAAAUGUCCAUAAUCCAAGAUGAGCAAUACUUUACAAUAACAAUGUCAGUCCAGGUUUUCUAUGAAAUGUAACAGUUUUUUAUUUAGCAGAGGACUAUUUUGUGUCUAUGUUCAAACAGGAAAAAAAAACAACAGUGGAGGAGAAAAGGAGGGUUGUAUCAAAAUAGGCUUUUUCAUAUCUGUAGGUGAAUUGCAAUACUUCAGUUUUUUGGUUGCCAGGGAUGUUCAGUUUGCAAUAAAUGGUAUAUUCUGCUGUGUACAGUUACAUUUUGUUUUCAUUGUUUUUUAAUUACAAAAAAAGUUUCUAUUUUUGUGUGAUGGUUUCAAAGAGAACAAAAUAAUUUUAAAGUGUAUUGAAAAUCUUAGUUUUUUUUUUUUCAAGAUUUAUUCUUAAAAAUAAAUUCAUCUGUGUUA